CGUUCAAAACACAUGGAAAUAGAAACGCAAUUUUUUCUGUUAAAUAAUAAGCUAUAUGCAUCAUUCUGCAAAGUUAUCAGUUUAUAUGAAACUACUCGAAAACACCAGGUUCAAUUGUACGAAUCGUGAUUUUUUUUCAUAACCUAAAAUGUCGGAAACCUCACAUCCAUCUCGCGAUCCAAAAAAUCUCAGCGAACCAUUCGCAGUCAUCGAAUUUCUCGAGAAAAACGAAAAAGGGCUACCAUGCAUUGAUUUGGUGCCGAAAAAAUGGUUUAAUAGUGCAGAAGAAGACACCUGUAAAUUCCCACCGACAACUGAAUAUCAUCUACUUGACGACUACUUGGAAAAAUUGCACUCGCCCAAGGACUCUUGGCAAAGUUAUCCAUUUUGCUUCAUCACCGGAGCAGCUGAUUUGGAUCAGGGUCGCAGAAGAUUAAAAAAGGCCCAAGUAACUCUCAACUGUGAGACAACCGAUGGUGAAAAUGAUCGAAAGGGGGGGAGGUCCGAAACUUCCUCGAAAGCAAAAAUUUCAGCAAAACCCUUAACUGCAUCAAAGUCUCAACUAAACAACAUCUUUAGUACUAAAAUCCCGAUUCCACCUAGAAAUCAAACUCCAAAGUCUGGUAUACAAGCAAAACCAAAGACAAGAUUUCAAAGCAUUUACCAGAGUGGAUCUGACUCUGAAGACGAAAAUCAUGAUUGUCUUAUAGCUAAUCCUGAGGAGAUUCGAGCCUCAAAGGCUCAAAAUAAUUCUGGCUUUUUGCAAAUGUCGAGUAAAUCGCGAUCUGUACCAACAGGUGCAUGUUUAUCAUUUAAACAGCGGUCAAGGAAGAAUAUUACUUUGCUUAAAGACGUCGAAACUGAUGAAUCUGAGAGCAAUGAUUCCUCCGAUGGAAUUCUGCAGUCACCUACAAAAUCGAUGGACUCAGCGAGAAAUACAAGAAAAGAACUUCAUUUGACACCUCCUUCACCACUAGUCCAUAACGCUUCAGGUAACCGAAAAAGGCGUGCAUCGUCUACUACACGCGCUGAAGACGGAUUGAAUUCGAUUGUGAGCCCAGGAACUCCAAAAACUUCACGAUCAAUGAUGGUACCCCCUGCUAAGAUGCCAAAAAUGCUGGGACCACAAAACCAGUUGUCAUCUAGUCAUUAUGCUGAUAAUGAACGUCGAAUCCUGAACUCCCUUCGAGAUUACUUUGAUCAGCAAUUAGAUGAAAAGCUCGAAAAUUUAAGACGCAGGAUGGCUUACGAUUUAAAGCAGUCUAUGAAUGAGCUCAAGACCACAAUCAUUGGCACUAAUCUAGCCCCAGCUUCUGGUCCUAGCUUGCUUGAAAUACAGAAGCAGAUGUCUACGCCACUACCAUUUGAAAUGGAUGAUAAGUUCCAGGAAUACGAAGCGAUAUUGACAACGGACCCAGAUCUCGUAGAAACACUGCGAUUAUUCAUGAGAGUUUUGAUAAGCAAUAAAAAAGAGAUGAAAAUAUGUGUUUCCACUAUCCUAUCUGCGGUUCUGAGGAAGACAGUGUCACUGCACUAUUCUGGUUACGGAAAGGAAGCUGGCGGAAAGAAAAAGAAAAAUUUUUAUAACACUGCAGUAUGCAAAGUACUGAUUGAUGUGAUAAUUGAGGUAAUAGGAUCCAGCACUGAUGAGAAGAAGAUAAUGUCAGAAGUAAGUACUUGGUUGUCACGUUCUGGCGAUCGAGAGGGUGGGCGUAAGGAACGACAACGCGGGUCAAGUCAUCAUAACGAGAAUAAUUCAGUUUGUUCCUUUGAUACCAAUCGAUAAUACUUCAUUUUUCCGGGAUAAAUGGAAUUGUAAAAUCACUGUGUUAAUAUGACUCCAUUAGUUCAUUUUCGUAAUUGUAUUAGUUGUGAUAUUCUUGAUAAAAGGUACGAUUAAUAGGAAAAGUUUAUAUUAUCAAUAUAUUUUUAUCGCGAGGCGUUUCAUUGGGCAGAAUAUAUAUUAAUAUAUGAAUAUUGUUUAGUAUUCGGCUGUCAUUGAAGUAUUAAUUAUAUUUAUUAUAUUUCUCCUGGCGAGGUCGGAAAUCCAGAAGAUGGAAAUAACAAUUGGAAAAUGUGAUGUAUCUUAGCAUAAUAAAGUAUUUUCUAUGUCAUUUCCUCAUAAGUUAGAUCACGGGAAUAAAUAUCCGUUGUUGGUUCAGGGAUUAAAUAUUAUGUCCAAAAGUUUAAAGGGAAAAAUAAUAAGUGGAUUUUUAAUUUUUAAGAAAAAUUCUAAUGAAAGUAAUUUCAGCCAUUGAGAGCUGUUUUCAGUAUUUGGUGAUUCAAGUCAAAUAAUAUUUAUAAGGUUGAAGUUUCACAAUCGGACUGCGUCCAUAUUCCCCAAAGAUUUCAAAUUUAAGGGUUGAAAUUAAUUAGUUAUAUGUAAUCCUAUCCAAGACUUUUUUAUAUUUCUAAGUUUGUUUGAAAGAGUGAAUAUAAUAAGCAAUAUUAUAUAGAACUAGCACACAAUCAAUGCAACUAAAUAUCAUUCUGUGUUCCGGAGUUGCAGAUGGAGAAGACAUUAUUGUAAAAAAAGGACGUCUUUCCGAGAUGAAAAAAUAAUUCUUAUCAGGAUAAUUCGUAUCAGCAAUUGUCUAUGGAUAUAAGAAUUAAUUCUUAUCAUCCAUAGCGGAAUAAAUUAUCCAUAAUAUUGCUAUUAUAAUGACUGUUUUCAUGCUUGAAUUGAAGCACGAUAAUUUAUCAAUUCUAAACUACUAAUUUAAAAAAUAACAUUGGUGCGUUAUUUUGUUGGAUAUUUUGUUAAUACAAUCUUCGAAUUCUGAAGACUGACUGCUAAUAUUAUUAGAUUGUAAGAGAGAGUUUAUUAAGACUUAAUAUGGUAUGUCGUAUUAAAUUUCGGAUUCAAAUGAUCUACGUAGAUUAUUUAUUUUAAAAGCGGAUGAAAAUAAUCCACAAAAGAUUUUUCUACAAUUUAUACCUGCAAUCAUUUUUUUGAGUUUUCAUAUUCUGUUCGCGGAAAAAUCUCAUAGUUGUGAUUAUCUUUCAUGAAAAUUGGAGAUACAAACACUGCAUAUCUUUAACUGUUCAACCAAAAUCGGAUGAAAACAUGUACUAUGUCGAUAGGAGGAAAAAAGUUUUUGAUUGGCUGAGUUUUUUUGUCAAUAGAUUUAAUAAAUUUAAAUAUAAGUUUUGUCACAUAAUAAAACUGUUUUCUGUAUAAUGUUGAAGGUAAUAAAUACAUGUCUGCUUAUCAGAUA